AUGUUACAUCCAAAGCAGUUGGAAGUCCUUAUUGAUUUUCUGGAAAAAAAUCGUGACAUUGUUUCUGGCCGAGCUGGUGGACCAAAUGCAAGAAAUAUUUUAAAAGAAAAGUGGCAAAACAUCGCAGAUGUUCUUAAUAGUUUGGGAUAUGGAUCUAAGACAGCAGAUAAAUGGUUAAAGACAUGGACUGAUAUGAAGUAUAACUUAAAGAAGAAAGCUUCGGAUAUAAAAAAAGAUCAAUCUAAGACUGGAGGUGGCUUAGGAAGUACAAAAAUAUUAACACCAUUUGAAGAGAGGGCUUUGUAG